AUGUCAUCCUCAACAAGCGACAUCUCCCUCUCCAACAUCCCCACUCCGGAGCAUUGCACUGCAGACUUCUGCUUAAUUCCUAUUGGAACAGGCUCAGCGUCUGUCUCCGCGCAAAUCGCCGAUGUGCAGAGAUUGGUUGAGAGGUCGGGUCUGAAAUACGUGAUGCAUUCGGCCGGGACAACAUUAGAAGGACCGUGGGAAAAGGUGCACAAAGUCAUCGGGCAGGCUCAUACGAUUCUACACCAGCAAGGCGUUGUGCGCAUUCAGUCUGAUAUCCGUAGUGGGUCGAGGACUGACAAGAUCCAAUCUUUCGAGGAUAAAGUAGCUGCGGUCAAUAAGUUAUUGGGUAAGGAGUAG